CUCAUGGUUGUUGACAGCUUAGCAGAGAGAGCGAGCAAUUUGAGGAAGGAUGGAUGCGAAAGCUCGGAAUUGUUUGCUUCAGUAUAGAGAAGCCCUGGAAAGAGACAUUAGGACAUCCUAUAUCAUGGAUCAUAUGAUUAGUGAUGGAGGCUUAACAGUAUUGGAAGAAGAAAAAGUAAAAAUUGAGCCCACUCAACAGCAACGAGCAGCUAUGCUAAUUAAAAUUAUACUUAAAAAAGACAAUUAUUCCUACAUAUCUUUCUACAAUGCUCUGCUACAUGAAGGAUAUCGAGAGCUGGCUGCCCUUCUCCAUGGUGGCGUUCCUGUGGUGUCUUCUUCCACUGGUAAAGAUUCAGCUGGUGGAAUAACUUCAUAUGUAAGGACAGUCCUCUGUGAAGGUGGAGUACCACAAAGGCCAGUUGUUUUUGUUACUAGGAAGAAGCUGGUUAAUGCAAUUCAGCAGAAGCUCUUCAAGCUGAAUGGAGACCCAGGAUGGGUCACUGUGUAUGGAAUGGCAGGGUGUGGGAAGUCUGUAUUAGCUGCAGAAGCUGUUCGAGAUCAUACUCUCUUAGAAGAUUGUUUCCCAGGGGGUGUGCAUUGGGUUUCAGUUGGGAAACAAGAUAAAUCUGGGCUUCUGAUGAAACUGCAGAAUCUUUGCACACGGUUGAGUCAAGAUGACAGUUUCUCCCAGAGACUUCCCCUUAAUAUUGAAGAGGCUAAAGAUCGUCUGCGCAUUCUGAUGCUGCGCAAACACCCAAGGUCUCUCUUGAUCUUAGAUGAUGUUUGGGAUCCUUGGGUUUUAAAAGCUUUUGACAAUCAGUGUCAAAUUCUUCUUACAACCAGAGACAAGAGUGUUACAGAUUCAGUAAUGGGCUCUAAAUAUGUAGUUCCUGUGGAGAGUGGUUUAGGAAAAGAAAAAGGACUUGAAAUUUUAUCCCUGUUUGUUAAUAUGAAGAAAGCAGAUUUGCCAGAAGAAGCUCAUAGUAUUAUAAGAGAAUGUAAAGGUUCUCCUCUUGUAGUGUCUUUAAUUGGUGCCCUUUUACGUGAAUUUCCCAAUCGUUGGCAGUACUACCUCAGACAACUUCAGAAUAAGCAAUUUAAGAGAAUCAGGAAAUCAUCAUCUUAUGAUUAUGAGGCUUUGGAUGAAGCCAUGUCUAUAAGUGUUGAAAUGCUUAGAGAAGACAUGAAGAAUUAUUACAAAGAUCUUUCCAUUCUUCAGAAGGAUGUUAAAGUGCCUACAAAGGUAUUAUGUAUUCUCUGGGACAUGGAAACUGAAGAAGUUGAAGACAUACUGCAGGAAUUUGUGAAUAAGUCUCUCUUAUUCUGUGAUCGGAAUGGAAAAUCAUUCCGUUAUUAUUUACAUGAUCUUCAAGUAGAUUUCCUUACAGAGAAGUAUCGCGGUCAACUUCAGGAUCUGCAUAAGAAGAUGAUUACUCAGUUCCAAAGGCAUCACCAGCCACAUACUCUUUCUCCAGACCAGGAGGACUGCAUGUACUGGUACAACUUUCUGGCCUAUCACAUGGCCAGUGCCAAUAUGCACAAAGAACUUUGUGCUUUAAUGUUUUCCCUGGAUUGGAUUAAAGCAAAAACAGAACUUGUAGGCCCUGCUCAUCUGAUUCAUGAAUUUGUAGAAUACAGGCACAUAUUAGAUGAAAAGGAUUGCACAGUUUGUGAGAAUUUUCAGGAGUUUUUAUCUUUAAAUGGACAUCUUCUUGGGCGACAGCCAUUUCCUAAUAUUGUGCAGCUGGGUCUCUGUGAACCAGAAACUUCAGAAGUUUAUCAGCAAGCUAAGCUGCAGGCCAAGCAAGAGGCGGAUAACGGGAUGCUUUACCUGGAGUGGAUAAACAAAAAAAACAUCAAGAAUCUCUCCCGGUUAGUUGUCCGCCCCCAUACAGAUGCUGUUUACCAUGCCUGCUUUUCUGAGGACGGUCAGAGAAUAGCGUCCUGUGGAGCUGAUAAAACCUUACAGGUGUUCAAAGCUGAAACAGGAGAGAAGCUUUUAGAAAUCAAGGCUCACGAAGAUGAAGUGCUUUGCUGUGCAUUCUCUACAGAUGACAGAUUUAUAGCAACCUGUUCAGUGGAUAAAAAAGUGAAGAUUUGGAAUUCUGUGACUGGGGAGUUAGUAUAUACCUGUGAUGAGCACUCAGAGCAAGUCAACUGCUGCCAUUUCACCAACAACGCUCAUCACAUUCUCCUAGCUACUGCAUCGAGCGACAGCUUCCUCAAACUCUGGGAUUUGGAUAAAAAAGAAUGUCGAAAUACCCUGUUUGGUCAUACAAAUUCAGUCAAUCACUGUAGAUUUUCACCAGUUGAUAAGCUUUUGGCCAGUUGUUCAGCUGAUGGAACACUAAAGCUUUGGGAUGUGAGAUCAGCAAAUGAGAGCAAAAGCAUUAAUGUAAAGCAGUUCUUCCUAAAUUCAGAGGAGCCUCAAGAGGAUAUGGAAGUGAUAGUGAAAUGUUGUUCCUGGUCAGCGGAUGGUGCCAGGAUAAUGGUGGCAGCAAAAAAUAAACUCUUUCUUUUUGACACUGAUACCAAUGACCUGUUGGCAGAAAUUCAUACAGGACAUCAUAGUACCAUCCAGUAUUGUGACUUCUCUCACUGUAAUAAUUUGGCAGUGGUGGCUUUAUCCCAAUAUUGUGUGGAGUUGUGGAAUAUAGACUCAUGUUUAAAAGUAACAGACUGCAGAGGACAUUUAAGUUGGGUUCAUUCUGUGAUGUUUUCUCCUGAUGGAACAUCGUUUUUGACAUCUUCUGAUGACCAGACAAUCAGGCUCUGGGAGACAAAGAAAGUAUGUAAGAACUCUGCUGUAGUGUUAAAGCAAGAAGUUGAUGUUGUGUUUCAGGAGAGUGAACUGAUGGUUCUUGCAGCUGACAAUCUAAAACAUCUACAGCUCAUCAAUGGGAAAACAGGUCUGACUGAUUAUCUGGUUGAAGCUCAAGUUAGUUGCUGUUGCUUAAGUCCACAUCUUCAGUACAUUGCAUUUGGAGAUGAAGAAGGAGUGAUUGAGAUUUUAGAACUCCUAAAUGGCCAAAUCUUCCAGUCCAGGAUUCGACACAAGAAAACUGUACGGCACAUUCAGUUCACAGCUGAUGGGAAGACUCUUAUUUCAAGUUCUGAUGAUUCUGCAAUUCAGGUAUGGAAUUGGCAAUCAGGAGACUAUGUCUUUUUGCAAGCCCAUCAGGAAACAGUGAAAGACUUUAGGCCCUUGAAAAAUUCAAGAUUGCUGUCUUGGUCAUUUGAUGGAACAGUGAAGGUAUGGAAUAUUAUUACUGGAAGAAUAGAAAAAGACUUUGUUUGUCACCAGGAUACAGUACUUUCAUGUGCUAUUUCUCCUGAUGCCACCAAAUUUUCAUCUACCUCUGCUGACAAGACUGCAAAGAUUUGGAAUUUUGAAUGCCUUUCCCCUCUUCAUGAAUUGAGGGGCCACAAAGGCUGUGUGCGCUGCUCAGUCUUCUCAGCGGACAGCACCCUGCUGGCAACAGGAGAUGACAACGGAGAAAUCAGGUUAUGGAAUGUCUCAAACGGCGAGCUUCUUCAUUUAUGUGCUCCGGUUUCAGUAGAAGAAGGAGUCGCUACCCACGGAGGUUGGGUGACUGACCUUUGCUUUUCUCCAGAUAGCAAAAUGCUUGUCUCCGCUGGGGGAUAUCUGAAGUGGUGGAAUGUCGUCACUGGGGAAUCUUUGCAGACCUUCUACACAAAUGGAACCAACCUGAAGAAAAUACAUGUGUCCUCCGACUUCAAAACAUAUGUGACUGUUGAUAAUCUUGGUAUUUUAUAUAUUUUACAGAUUUUAGAGUAAAACAGUUAAGCAUGAAUGUAAGUUGAAUUGUUUACAAGUUUGAAUUGGAAAAAAUUUCUAAUGAAACUCUGUAUUUCAACUUCUUGUUAAGCUGUGAAUUGUUUUGUAUUAUUACAUUCAUUACAGAAGUGUUUGUUGGUGGGUGAA